AUGGCUACACUCGAGUCUUGUCUCAAGACUGCGGGUGUUGAUCUCCGGAUCCUCUUUGACAGCGUCGAGAAUUGCGGAGUCUUCGACAUUGUGGGGGAGUCCCGACCAGGGUCUUCGGAGUCGGUGUCUCCGCUUGCGAAGCAAGCGAAUCAGCGCUUGACAGUUCUGAUGGUAGUGGUGCCCUCGCCCAAUUUGCUGUUGAUGUUCCGAGCUGCUGACGUUGCUCCAAUGCCGCAACGCCAUUCAUGGAGGAUGAUAGCUCGAAGUUGCUCCUGCGUAAUUGACAUCGUGAUUAAAGUUAAGGAAGGCCCCCGGCUAUACAUACGUCUUGUGGAGAAGUUUCAAGAAUGUUCUACAACUGCAACAUGGUGCGACAUUGGUUCCGCAAAAAUGGAAAGUUCUGGAAUCUUCGAAAAAUGGGUGACAAGACGUUCUGUCCAGCCUAAUAAUUUGGAAGAUUGUGUGAACUGUGGGAAAUUGAAUGUAGAGAGUAGCAAAAUGUAG